UCUCUGAUCGCCGCAGCCAUAGAGAAAGGGACAGUCACCGUAAAACGGUGACGCCGGCUGUACUAUGCCGCUCACUCCCAGCCUCAGUCUUUUCUUCUUCCGAGGACUAACCCCGCAGACAGCCCCGCCUCCUGCCUUUAGUUUGAUCCCGCCCCUUCCCGGAGGGCACCGGCCAAGAUGUGGAAUUUCCAAAGCUUACUGGGUGCCGCUGGUGUCACUCUGAAGGGCGGCGGGUCCUGCUGCGGCGAAGGCCGCGCCUCUCCCAAGGUGAUUGGACUCGCCCGAGUAGCCCCCGACUGGGAUUGGUGUGAGAAAGGGCCGGAGCCAUCGGGCACCACCUUGGACCGGAAAGUGGGCAGGCGGUGGCAACCGAAGAGCCGGCAAGACCUCGCAGCACCCUCGUCCUCCAUGUGCCUUCCGCGGAGGGCCGGGUUGGGGGAAGGAGCGGGAGGCCCCCCAACCGCAUCACGCGAGGGCGGGGACGGCACUUGUCGCGUGUCUGGCGCGGGGCCGGACGGGUGGCAGCGGGAGGGGGGUGAUAGUAGAGGGUGUUAGAGAUGCAGGGGUUCAGAAGUCUAGCAGGAGACUUAGACCUGGAAGCGCCUCCUCGGAGGAUUUAGGGGGUUAGAGGAGGCCGUGGGCGUGUCUGGUAUGGGAUGCCUUGCAAAGGAGGGGGCCCUGUUGAGUAGUUCUGUGGGCGGUUCCUUUAAGGAAUCCUCUAACUUUUUGCCCUUUGAUUUGCCAAAGAGAGAGUCCCCAUGGUCUCUGUUCAAGUUUUGGAAACUUUCUCUUUGGGUGGGCCUAAUCACCUACUACUUCAUUAUAGAAUUGCCCAGGGUCUUUUCUGAUACUGAGCACAAACGUGGGGAAUAUGGCAGAAAACAGGAAGCCGCUGCUGGGCUUCGUGGGCAAACUCCCAUGUGGGACCACACCUGGGAACUCAGGCAAGACUCACUGCCCUUUGUGCAUGGGGCUUUUCAAGACCCCCAGGCUCUUGCCUUGUUUGCACACAGUUUGCACCACCUGUCUGGAGCAGCUGGAACCCUUCUCAGUAGUGGACAUCCGUGGGGGAGACUCUGACACAAGCUCUGAGGGGUCAAUAUUCCAGGAACUCAAGCCAUGCACUCUGCAGCCGCAGAUCGGCAUCCUCUGUCCGGUAUGUGAUGCUCAGGUGGACCUGCCCAUGGGUGGAGUGAAGGCUUUAACCAUAGACCACCUGGCCAUGAAUGAUGUGAUGCUGGAGAGUCUGCGUGGGGAAGGCCAGGGCCUGGUGUGUGACCUGUGCAGCGACAGGGAAGUGGAGAAGAGGUGUCAGACCUGCAAAGCCAAUCUCUGCCACUUUUGCUGCCAGGCUCAUAGACGGCAGAAGAAGACGACUUACCAUACCAUGGUGGACCUCAAAGACUUGAAAGGCUACAGCCAGGUUGGGAAACCCAUUCUGUGUCCUGCUCACCCUGCGGAGGAGCUGAGGCUGUUCUGUGAGCUCUGCGACCGGCCCGUGUGCCGGGACUGCGUGGUGGGGGAGCACCGGGAGCACCCCUGUGACUUCACCAGCAACGUGAUCCACAAGCACGGGGACUCAGUGCGGGAGCUCCUCAAAGGCACCCAGCCCCACGUGCAGGCCCUGGAGGCAGCGCUGGCGCAGAUCAAAGGGACCCACAGUGCCCUGAAGGAACGAGUGGAGGCUGUGGCCACCGAAGUCCGGACCUUCUCCGAGGGCUACAUCAAGGCCAUUGAGGAGCAUCGGGACAAGCUGCUGAAGCAGCUGGAAGACAUACGGGUCCAGAAGGAAAACUCCCUGCAGCUGCAGAAGGCACAGCUGGAGCAGCUGCUGGCAGACAUGCGGACCGGCGUGGAGUUCACCGAGCACCUGCUGAGCAGCGGCUCCGACCUGGAGAUCCUCGUCACCAAGGGGGUGGUGGUGGAACGGCUGGCAAAGCUGAACAAAGUGGAAUACAGCGCUCAUCCCGGCGUCAACGAGAACAUCACCUUCUCUCCCAAGGAGAAAGCAGGCCUGUGCCGUGGCUAUGCGGUCUAUGGGGCCAUCAACACCAAAGAGGUCGAUCCAGCCAAAUGCGUGCUGCAGGGGGAAGAUCUCCACAGAGCCCGGGAGAAACAGACAGCCUCUUUCACCCUGCUUUGUAAGGAUGCAGCCGGAGAGAACAUGGGCAGGGGAGGAGACAACAUCCAAGUGGCAGUAGUCCCUAAAGAUAAGAAGAACAGUCCAGUUAAAACAAUGGUCCACGACAACAAGGAUGGGACAUACUGCAUUUCCUACACCCCCAAGGAACCUGGUGUCUACACGGUGUUGGUCUGUAUCAAGGAGCAGCAUGUGCAGGGCUCACCAUUCACUGUGACUGUGAGGAAAAGGCACCGGCCACACCCAGGCGUGUUUCACUGCUGCACCUUUUGCUCCAGCGGAGGCCAGAAGACUGUUCGCUGUGCGUGUGGAGGCACCAUGCCAGGUGGGUACCUAGGCUGUGGUCACGGACACAAAGGCCACCCAGGGCGUCCCCACUGGUCGUGCUGUGGGAAGUUGACUGAGAAGUCGGAGUGCACGUGGGCAGGUGGCCAGAGCGCACCAAGGGGUCUGCUGAGGACAGUGGCACUCUGAUGGCUCCCUGGGUGCGUGGUCAUGGCUCCGGCCAGCACAACUUCAGACUCCCGGAGGACCCCAGACCUACGUUCUGAAGAAACAGACAGAAUUAAAAGCAAAGUGCCUUACGUUAUACCCGAGUCCAAGGACGUUUUGUUUUACUCCCUGCUUGUAUGUGCAGGUGGUUGAGCACCAGAGACCAGACCACGUCUCUCUUCUUGGCCAAAGGUUUUUUUUGGGGGGGGGGGCAGGCAGUCAGCGGUCUGGUUAAAGUUAACACCGAUGGUGCCCCUCAUCGGGUCCUUUUAAAAAAUACACACGGAAGUCCGGUAAGAUCGCAGCUGUACCAAACAGCUAAAAGAGAUUUUAGAAUCCUACAGUGUGUAUCUUAAAAAUCUGAUCUGUUCAUCUUUAAGAUCAGAUGGAUCUUGGAAACUAGCCGUUUUUAAAGCUGGCUUUCUAGGCGCAUAAUGUAUGCACUACGGUUUUAAAACAGUGUGCGUGUGUUUUUGUAUGACGGAGCCCGUUCAUCGGAAGUCUAAAUUGCCUAGAAAUAACGUACCAUGUUGACUAGCAGAGUGGUAUUAGAGGUGAUCUCAGUGUUAAGUAGGAAAAUCUAGUUCAAUAAACUCUGUAUCACCCCUCAA